GGCGCCAAAUUGACUUAAUCUCUCUCACUCAUUCAAAGUCGACAGUCAACCUGCAACCCUCUUUCUCUUUCUCCUUUUCCUACCCCAAUUUCUCCCUUUUUACAACUCCUUUCAUCAAACAAAUUCUACCCUGAAACUCCCAUGGCUUCUCUACACAAAACUCACCGAAAACUCUUACUUGCAAACACCACAAUAAGUAGUACAACUGUCCAAACAUGCCUUGACUUUUGCGACGCCGGAAAAAACACCACAUCAUCACCAUACUCUGGUUUCUGCCCUGUGGCCUGUUUGGCCAUAUGCCCUUCCCUUUGCCAUUACCCUCUCACUAAUCCAAUCUUACCUGAGUUUCCUCCAGACUUUCGCGGUCCCAAACUAAACAAGCACCAUGAUCUCUCACCUCUCCUCAUAUCCAUGCUUAUACUUUUAGCCAUAACUUUCCUGUUGAUUACCUUCUAUAUCCUCUACACCAGAAUUUACUUCAACUUCUAUGCACCCAACAGUAAUUCUUUCCUCCAAUCAAGGUCCAGGCGUACAAGGGUGGUGAGUGAUUCUUUGGAUGAAGAACACGGCAGGGGUAGAAUGGUCGUCUUCAACCCAUUCUGGUACAUCCCCACCGUUGGUCUCCCUUCCGCAGUGAUCCAUUCAAUCGCCGUCCACAAGUAUGGCAAGGAGAUGGAGGAGACGGACUGCGCCGUGUGUUUGGCAGAGUUUGAACAAGGUGAUGAGCUCAGAGUUUUGCCUAAGUGUAGUCAUGCCUUUCAUGUGCCUUGCAUUGAUACUUGGCUUUCUUCACACACUACUUGCCCACUUUGCCGAGCCCCCAUUGUUACACCUGAUCACCAUAAUCAUGAUCAUGAUCAAAAGAUGGAGAACACAUCGUCCUCAUUGCCAUCUCUGGACGAAGCUACAGAGGAUAAUUCCCCUGUUGAGGCUUUGAGGAUUAAUAUUGCAAGUGGGGCAGAGAGAGUUGAUGAGAAUAAUUUGGACGAAUCCAUGGAAAAUAAUACUCCAAAUAAAGAUGAAGAAAAUUUGAGGGAAAUUAGUAAAGGGAGUUGUUCUCAAAGAUGGUCUUUAGAAAGAGGGGCAGCAAAUUUGUUGAGUAGGUCACUUUCUUGCAGUGGAAAGAUUUUUUCGUCUAGUUCUAAUACUAGACCAAGUCCGAAUUCAUAGUUUCAGAUCAAUACAUGAAAUUUCCGGUCUAUGCAUAGAUUUUUCCCUCCAAAAAACCUCCCUAUUUAGUCCAAAAAUACUCAUAUACUCUGUAAUUGCUACAAACAUUAGAAAAAGCCUUAACCAUAAGUAUAUAUGCUUGUUUCAAAAGCGACUGGUAUCCCUUUCAUUCUCGACAAAAAAUCCCAUUUAGUUAGGAAUUUUGGUUAUUUCCUGAGAUGGGAUGCGGGAUAAGAUACGAAAGGUAGGAAAACAGCACAGGAAAAGGAAGGACUUCGAUGUUAACGUUCUGGUAGGUGUGUAAAACAAUACAAAAUCAUUUUUGUUACUUGCAGCUUUGCAAGUUGGGAGAAUAAGCUAGAAUAUCAGGUAGAAUAGUUCCAUCAUUUGAGUAUGAUGUUUGAACUGUGCUCUAAAGUAAUGUUUCUACACCAACGAGUAUAAACACGAGAAUGUGACUCUACAUCACUACUAUCACUAGUUUAGCUGUCGGCUGUUGCCUUCUAAAUGUGUAGCACUUGAGCAAUGUAUGAGAGUAUUUUUACAGUAUCUGAUUAGAACUCUGUCAAUCCCACAA